AUGCUAGCUAGUUUGAUAAUAGAUACUGUGAUUCUCGGCUUGCGGCUGAUUACGAAAAUUCCUAUAAUAUACGCCAUCGAACCGGACCGAGUACAGAGAGCUCGUUAUCUACGCCAUUCAAAAUCGAAUGAUCUAGGUCAACCGCCCGCAAGUCAAAAUUCUAGAGGUGUUCCCCGCGUUGAUUCAGAAGCCACCGCGAACUGUCUGAGCAAGAUCUUAUUUUUUUGGAUAAAUGAAACAAUCGUCCGAGGUUUCUAUGGGGAAUUGUUUUCCUCAAAGUUCCUCCCUCUUCUUCCUCAACCCCUCAGUGCUCAAACUCUCGAAAAUACUUUGAUGAUUGAGUCAAGUCUUCCAACAACCACAAGCAAGUUUCAAUCCGCUAUUCCACUAAUCAAACAGCUUUACGGUCAAUUUGGCAUGGAGAUUUUUCUUAUUGGAUUGGUCAAAUUUCUAUUUAGUUUGGUUGGUUUGGUAAAUCCUGUGUUUCUGAACUACUUCAUAUCUGAUCUUGUUGACUUUUCAAACAACUGGAAAUCCGCAGUUAUUUAUGGAAUAGCUUUGUUUAUUUCUCGUUUAUCAAGCAUUUUUCUCGGCACAAUUUACGAUUACUGGUCUCCUCGUCUUGGUUACAAGCUCAAGACAUCUGUUUCAUGCACUGUUUAUCAACAAUUAUUAAGAUGUAAAUCCUCAUUUCUGGUUAAAUUUGGUACUGGAAAUCUGGUCAACCUUCUCACUACUGAUGCGGAACGAAUGACUAAUUUGAUUCCUAGUUUUAAUGAACUCUGGGCUAUGCCGGUCCAAAUUGUGGUAGCUAUUUGGCUUCUUUACUAUCAAGUGGGGGUUUCUUGUUUUGUUGGAGUCGGGAUUUUAAUUAUCCUCCUACCAAUCAACCGAGGUAUUACCGGUUUAAUUGGGAAGUUCUCGUCAGAUUUAAUGCUUUACAAGGAUGCCCGGGUUAAGUUUAUAUCUGAAAUGCUUCGGAGUAUGUCUGCUGUCAAACUUUCCUGUUGGGAAUAUCUCAUUCGACGCAAAAUCCUCAGUGCUCGGAAAUUUGAGCUAAAGGCGUUAAGAGGACAAAAGUUGUUGGACGCUGUUUGCGUCUUUCUUUGGGCAGCUUGUCCUGCUCUACUGGCCGGAUUGACAUUCGCCACCUACGUUGCUCUUGGCAAUACUCUUGAGUCUGCAAAAGUGUUCACAAGCCUUGCUCUCUUCAACAUGCUCAUCGGUCCAAUGAACUCGCUACCAUGGGUUCUCAAUGGAGUCGUUGAGGCUUGGAUUUCUGCUGGACGAAUAUGCCGCCUGUUUGAAAUUGACACGGUGGAUCCCCAACUGGCAAAUCAGGCUUACAAUGGAGAGGACGAGCAUGUAGAGCCAUCGCAGUACCUCGAGGAAGACAUUGUACUCAGGCUGAAGUCGCCGACGAUCUUCUGGGAGUCAUUAGAUAACCCUACGCUUUUAAAUAUUGACAUAUCAAUAUCUAAGGGUCAGCUCGUUGGGGUUGUUGGAUCUAUAGCCUCAGGCAAAUCUUCAUUACUUCUAUCUCUGAUGGGCGAACUUCAGACCAUAUAUCCACCGUUCUCUUCUGAACACCUUCGAAUUGCAUACGUCGGCUAUACACCCUGGCUCCAAAAGGGAACUAUUCACGAAAAUAUCCUAUUUGGAGAGGCUUCAGAACCAGAUUGGCUAAAUACCGUGAUCGAUGCUUGUGGAUUGUCAGAAGACUUGGCAGAUAUGCCAAAAGGUUUCGAUACAGAAGUUGGAGAGGGGGGAAGCCGUUUGUCCGGUGGUCAAAAAGCAAGAGUGGCUCUUGCUAGAGCCGUCUAUCAACGCGCAGACGUCUAUCUUUUCGAUGACCCUCUUGCCUCGCUAGAUUCUCAUGUUGCGCAGAGUAUUAUCCAAAAAUGUAUUGGCCGACGAGGGGUUUUGGCGGACAAAAUACGCAUCAUUGCAACACAUCAAUUCAAGUGGCUUUACAAUGAGAAUGAUAUUAACCUCGACGGUCCUGCUGACCUUGUUAUAAAACUUUCGGAAGGCCGAAUUGUUGAUCAAUGGACGCCUACAAAUGGAACAUCUAGAAAGCUUUCCAAAACCGACAUCCUGUUUCCAGAAGAGAUUAGGAUUAACAACGUUACAAGUGAUUCAACGCUUGAGAUUCAAAAUGAAAAUGCAGACGAUAGAAUGCCUUUACUUGCAUUCUCAUCUGAGGAGGACCAAGAUUCAGAUGAUGCUAGUUUUACGAAUUUGGAGAAGUUCGCUUUCGGUUCAAUUUCUGGCCGAGUUUACUGGGCGUAUGCUCGUGCUCUAGGAUAUUGUCUUGGGGCUUGGGUACUCAUUUCCCUGACGCUCAUGCAAGCAAGUAGGAACGCUCAGGACUAUUGGUUAUCAUACUGGAUGGAACAUGACGCGGGAAAUGCCACCACUCCGUCCAUGACAUACAUCGGCGCCAAGUCUUACCCUCUCAUCGGAGCACUGAAUCAAAUUGCCGACAAUGGUUUCUAUGUGGAUGCGCCAAUCUCCAACGUGACAAAAUUUUAUCUCUCAAUCUACGGUGGCAUAAUUGGUGCCAACCUCUUCUUCACUAUAUUUCGAUCCAUCCUCUUUGCAUUUGCUGGUCUUCGAGCGGCUGCUGUGAUGCACGAAAAUAUGCUUGACUCUGUUCUUCAGGGUGAAAUGCAAUUCUUCGACACAACCCCAGUGGGUCGUAUUCUUAAUCGAUUCUCCUCAGAUGUGGGUACAAUCGACGACGGUCUGCCCUUCAUUUUCAAUAUCCUUUUAGCCAUUAUCUUCGGUCUUAUUGGUUCAAUUGUGGUCUCCUCUUUGGCCAUGCCUGCCAUUGUUAUAAUUUGUCUGCCUCUUCUCUUUGUCUAUUGGUCUGUACAGCGCGUCUAUCGGGCUGCUGCCAGAGAUCUCAGAAGGCUCUCAAGGUUCGCCAUUGUUGUCUUUGUUAAUGCCUAG